UUUCUGCCCGUCCCCUGUCCCUGCCCGCACCCCGAUGCCGGCCCCGCGCCGCUGCCCGCCCUGGGCGAUGCAAUUCUUCUCGUACGAGACGCCCAAGUCGGUGGUGGUGAGGAGCUGGGUGGUGGGCGCCACGCACCGCGCCGUGCAGCUCCUCAUCCUCGCCUACUUCAUCGGCUGGGUGUUCCUCCAUGAGAAAGCCUACCAGGUGCGGGACACCGUCAUCGAGUCCUCGGUGGUCACCAAGGUGAAGGGCAUCGGGAGCUAUGCGGGGCGCGUGCUGGACACGGCCGACUACGUCACCCCCCCCCAGGGCACCUCCGUGUUCGUGGUGGUCACCAAGCAGAUCCUGACGGAGCAGCAGGCGCAGGGGCUCUGCCCCGAGAGCGAAGCCGCGUUCCGGUGCCGCAGCGACCGCGACUGCCGCGACAGGAGCCCCACCAGCGGCAGCGGGCUGCUCACCGGCCGGUGCGUGCCCUACAACGAGACCCUGCGCACCUGCGAGAUCCGGGGCUGGUGCCCACCCGAGGUGGACACGGUGGACGUCCCCAUCAUGCUGGAGGCCGAGAACUUCACCCUCUUCAUCAAGAACAGCAUCCGCUUCCCACUCUUCGGCUUCGAGAAGGCCAACCUCCCCCCCCCCGGCGCCGGGGGGGACCUGGGGCGCUGCCGCUUCCACCCGCAGCUCCAACCGCUCUGCCCCAUCCUGCGCCUCGGGGACGUGGUGCGGCUCGCGGGGCAGGACUUCCGCACGCUGGCCUCCACCGGGGGGGUGCUGGCCAUCAAGAUCGGGUGGGUUUGCGACCUGGACCGCGGCGGGGAGCGCUGCCUGCCCCACUACUCCUUCACCCGCCUGGACGGGCUGUCCCACGCCACUGGCUACAACUUCAGGCACGCCCGGUACCACCACUGCCAGGACGGCCCCGAGCGCCGCACCCUCACCAAAGCCUUCGGCAUCCGCUUCGACGUGCUGGUGUACGGCCACGCCGGGAAGUUCGGCAUCAUCCCCACCCUCAUCAACACGGUGGCAGCGUUCACCUCCAUCGGUGUGGGCACGGUGCUGUGCGACAUCAUCCUGCUCAACUUCCUGAAGGGAGCCGAGCACUACAAGGCCCGCAAGUUCGAGGAGGUGCCAGAGGCAGACAUGGUGCAGUCCCCGGGCAGCCCCACGGCGCCGGCCCCCGGGGGGCUGGGCCUCUGCCCCCGGGACAAGCAAUCCACGGACUCUGGCACCUUCUCCCUCGGCCACUAGCACCAGGCACAGGGAUG